AUGGCGGUGACCAAGGAGCUCUUGCCGAUGGACCUGUAUGCGCUUCUAGGCAUCGAGCAGACAGCAACAGACAAAGAGGUGAAGAAGGCCUACAGGCAGAAGGCCCUCUCCUACCACCCAGACAAAAAUCCUGAUAAUCCCAGAGCCGCUGAACUCUUCCCCCAGCUUUCUCGGGUCUUAGAGGUACUGACCGAUGCUACAGCCAGGGCUACCUAUGACAAGGUCAGGAAAGCCAGGAAGCAUGCAGCAGAGAGGACCCAGAAACUUAAUGACAGAAGGAAGAGAGUGAGGCUCGAACUGGAGGCCCGGGAGCGGCAGGCCCAGGCUCAGAGGAGCGAGGAUGCCGAGGGCAGCAGGAACCCCAGGACUGUGGAGCAAGAGAUCUAGCGCCUGCGAGAAGAGGGCUCCCGGCAGCUGGAGGAACAGCAGAAGCUGUUCCGGGAGCAGAUCCUCCAGGCACGUGCCCAGAGGUGGAAAGAAAAGGCCGAGAGCACCAGAGGCAGAGGAACCCCCAAACUGAAGCUCAAAUGGAAGUGCAAGACGGAGGAUGCGUCAAAAGGCGGCUACUCCCAAGGUGUCCUGCAGCUUCUGCAGAAGUACGGUGAGGUUCACAAUCCGGUGCUUUCCAGCAAGAAAGCAGGCGUCGCCGUGGUGGAGUUUGAGACGGUCAAGUCUGCCGAGCUGGCCGUCCGGAAUGAGGUUGGCUUGGUGGAGAACCCUCUGAAGAUUUCCUGGUUGGAGGGACGGCCCCAGGGCGCUGUGGGCCCCAGCAACCCAGGGCGGUCCAAAGACUCAGUGCUAUGGGAAAGGGACUUUGACAGCCUCGUCAUGAUGCGCAUGCGUCCGGCAGCGGAGCGCCAACAGCUGAUCACUCAGGCUGCAGCAGCAGGAUUAGGGAAGACACACACAAUGCCGGGAGCCCAGAGCAACCUGGGAUCUCCACCAGGAAAGGAUGAGGCCUUGAGCUGUUUGGAAGAGGAGCAACAAAAGUUCAAAGUAAGACCUGGUUCUAGAACAGAGCUCUCCUCUGGCAGGAGGGAGGGUCCGACCUCCUGGACCCUGCAUAGGGACCUGGUGAUCCCAGAAGACUGUCGGGAAAGCACCCUGAUUCCUGGUCUUGUGCAGAAGGCUAUCACUAGCUUUGCUGAUUUUACAUGA